AUGCGCACCGCUUUGAUCACUGCCCUGCCGGGUAUUCUGCUGGCGGCAAAUACUGUUUCUGCGACCGUGGUUACUGACCAGCCUGCAAUCGCGAAUGGCAAUUUUUUUGACUAUGUGAUAGUUGGCGCCGGUCUGUCUGGCCUGGUAGUUGCGAACAAGCUCAGCGCCCAAAACCACUCUACGCUGGUCAUUGAGGCCGGCCCAGACGGCUCAUGGAACAAUCUAGUCCGAUACGCCGACGAUUUGACCUACCCGCCCGUGUUCUGCAACUGGAACUAUCCACGAUACGACGACAACGGGCACAGGAUGUCGCAGACUAUUUCUGCAGGCCGCUGCAUUGGCGGCUCGACUUCUAAUGGUCGCCACAUUUUUGGUCCAGAGAUCUCCCUAGUCAAUAUUGACCAAAUCUGGCAGACUGGCGCCUCAUCUAUGGUGGCAGCUCUUGCAGAGCCAUCCAGUCUAGAGUCACGAGCUCAGGCUUUGGUGAGCUCUGGCGCUGCAGUGAACAUCGAAGGAGCUAAAAUGAUCCUCAAUACGACCAUUGAGCUUAUUCUCGAGAACAGACUACCCAUUGCAGAGGUCGUGGCGGAGAGCUACGCAACAUCUCUCAACACCCCAUUCUGGCCACUCAUGCCCCUUUCCAGAGGCCAUAUCCAUAUUGCUUCCUCUGACCCAUUUCAGACUGCCAUCAUUACUCCUCGUUUCCUGACCGAUACUUUCGAUCAGCAAGUGGGAGUAGCAACCGCCAGGCGACUACGCAAUCUGUUUUCCAACAAGGCAUUUGAGGAUAUUGUUGAGAAUGCGUACCAAUAUCCCCCCCUAGGUCCAAAUGCGACAGAUGCAGAGUAUCUCGGGUGGCUACAGGAAACCGUCUUGGGAGCAAGUCACUGGAUUGGAGCAACGGCCAUGCUGCCACGAGCGCUCGGCGGUGUUGUAGAUGCACGCUUGCGGUGA